GGAAAGCGUCCGGAAAAUGAUUGAAGCGAAAGUCAAAGCACGAGUCUUCGGAAACAAACGAUUCAAUCGCACAGCCCAACGCGAUUCGAGUGGAUCUCAUCUUCGGUUGCUGAAUUCAUUCUCACGCCAAAUGUUACCAAUUCUCCAGAUCGAGAGCCCCUUCAAUUUCCUCAGGAAAAUGUGAUUUCUUCAUUCCAUUUCCAGAAGAAGAAGAGGUUAAUCGAAGGUCCUAGUAAUGGCGAAUCUCGCGAUGCAGCUGAAACGCGGGAUUUCGAGGCAAUUCUCCACGGGUUCGCUGCGUCGGACGCUGAGCCGUCAGUUCACGCGCCAGACAUCGCACGACCCUCGCCGGAACAACAUGCGCUUCAGCUUCGGUCGUCAGUCGUCGAUGGACCCGAUCCGGCGGAGCCCCGGUGGUUCCGGCGCCGGAGCACAGCAGCUCGCCGUCCCCAAUAACCUCGACGCCACGAUGCAGCUCCUCUUUAUGGCGUGUCGCGGGGACGUCGCCGGCGUCGAGGAUCUGCUCAACGAAGGGAUCGACGUCAACAGCAUCGACCUGGACGGCCGUACGGCUCUUCACAUCGCCGCAUGCGAAGGCCACGUCGAUGUCGCCAAGCUUCUCCUUAGCCGCAAGGCCAACAUUGAUGCCCGUGACCGAUGGGGAAGCACGGCAGCUGUGGAUGCCAAGUAUUAUGGUAAUGUAGAAGUAUACAACAUAUUGAAGUCCCGUGGUGCGAAAGUACCGCGAACCAGGAAGACGCCAAUGGUUGUCGCUAAUUCCCGCGAGGUUCCUGAAUAUGAGUUAAAUCCUCUAGAACUUCAAGUUCGAAAGGCUGAUGGUAUCUCAAAGGGAACAUAUCAAGUGGCUAAAUGGAAUGGGACCAAGGUAUCUGUAAAGAUACUUGAUAAGGAGUACUACACAGAUCCUGACAGCAUAAACGCCUUCAAACAUGAACUUACUAUACUUGAGAAGGUCCGGCAUCCUAACCUUGUCCAAUUUGUUGGAGCUGUUACUCAAAAUGUCCCCAUGAUGAUAGUGUCUGAAUACCAUCCUAAAGGUGACCUGGGGAGUUAUCUUCAAAAGAAAGGACGUCUCUCUCCAUCCAAAGUUCUAAGAUUUGCCCUCGACAUUGCCAGGGGAAUGAAUUAUCUUCACGAGUGUAAACCAGAUCCAAUAAUCCAUUGUGAUCUGAAACCCAAAAAUAUUAUGCUCGAUAAUGGAGGACACUUGAAGGUAGCAGGAUUUGGGUUGAUAGGGUUUGCGAAGUUAUCCUCUACAGAGUCUUCGAAUUACUAUCUAGCACCUGAGAUCUACAAAGAUGAAACCUUUGACAGAAGUGUAGAUUCAUACUCAUUCGGUGUUAUAUUAUACGAGAUGAUCGAAGGAGUACAACCUUUCUAUCCGAAGCCUUCAGAGGAGGUAGCGAAACUGAUGUGUUUGGAAGGAAAAAGACCGUCUUUUAAGACCAAGUUGAAAAGUUGCCCCGCAGAUUUGAAAGAAUUGAUUGAGGAAUGUUGGGAUACAGAAGCGGUUGUUAGGCCGACGUUUUCAGAGAUCAUCGUUCGAUUGGACAAAAUCUACACUCACUGCUCAAAGCAGGGGUGGUGGAAAGACACUUUCAAGUUCCCUUGGAUAUAGACGAGAUGGAUGUGGAUACACGAGGCAAAUCCAACUCAAGAUCUCACCGAAGAAAGUAAAAAGAAACGGAUAGGAACUUCGGCAACUCUAAAGCUGUUUAUAAGGUAAAUUGGUUACAGAAAAAAAACAAUAAAGUUACCUUAAUCUCUUGUACAAUGUAUACCAACAAAUGCUGUAACGAUUUAUAGUCCACCCCCAUGCACGAAAAGCGUGCAUUUCAGAUUAUACACAAAAUCGCAUGGAAGAAAUUUUCCAAUGACUCGUAUUGCAACUCU